GGCGAGGAUGAUGAGGGAGGGCAGGUUUGGGGAAUAAAAGUCAAGCUGCUUGUUUUCAGACUGAGCUGCACGCCUGCGUGCUGCCUGAGAGCGCUGGUGGUAAUCGUGGUGAAAGGCGCAGGUUCUAGAGAGAGAGAGACUGAAACGGUGAGGGGAGCAGAGGAGACCGCCAACAGGAGAAUCUCUGAAGAGGACGGAGCGGACGACGAGCUCGACUUGGCAUCCCGCGGGAGGGCAGGCAUCGAACUCCUGAAAGCAGCGCUGCAGUCUCCAGCGAAAGCAGCCUCCUGUUUGUUUAGAAGCAGAGCCUCUGCUGAGAGACGGUCUUGUCGGAGUUAGUGAGACUGAGCAGACCGUGUGGAGUUGCCCAGCGCGGAUUUCUCUCUGUCUCUCUCUCUCACACACACACAGUGGGCAGACACGGACUGAGACUGGAGAGAAAGAUUUCCUUCCACCUAUUGUAUUUUUGACAAAUCCUCCGGGGGAGCUGCUUUCCUCUCUCCCUCUCUAUAUAUAUCUCUUUUUUAUUUUGUGUGUGUGGUUGGAACUCCGGGACUGGCUGCGGGAAUUUCUGGGAGCUUUCUGCGUUUUCUCCAGCAGUGCAGAGCCACGAACACUGAGGUGAAAGAAAACCAGCAAAGCUGACAUUAGCCUGAGGCAUCUGCUGAAGUGUGGAUGAAUGUCACAAGCAAUUGAAGCCGAAAUGGGGCCAGUGCUGACUGUGACUGUGACUGAACUGAACCUGUGCAGAUGGACAGAGUGAGAGGGAGCCUGCCAGGGGAAGGAACAGAACGUGACCCCUUCACACGAAGGCAGCGGCGAGAGUGGGAGAACGUGAAAUCCCCCACCACCCCGAAAUAAAGGAUGCUCACGAGAAGCUGGCGUUCGGGAUUGGAAAAAGAAUUGGGGCCUGUGUCAGCACAUCCACGAUCAAAACAUCUCCACAAACACUUCACUUACCUGAUGUGAAUCCUCUAUCACUCAGCUCCCUUGGGCCUCUCUGAAGAAUUUAAAUAGGGAGGAAGAUAUCAAAAUACUCAACAAAGACAGCCCGGCGUGAAUAUAAGAUUACAGCCUGCUCUGCCAGACAGUGUCUCAGCUGACAGAAAUUUGGACAAGUGAAUUAUCCUCUCAUUCUGGACAGAGAGUGCAGGGUGUGGGCAGAGUUGGGUGGGUGAGUGUGGGUUGGAGAGUUCUUUUCUUUCCAUUGAUAAGGAACUUAAGCAGCUCUGUCAAACACUACAAUGAUGACAGCGACCCAGUGAACAAUCUCCUUGGGAAUGCCAAGCUCUUUUGAUUAUGUUCUGUAUCGCAAGGAAACACAAAACUAAUAAAGUUGGGAGGAAACAGUCGAAUUGAAUAAUAGUGUCGCCUCUCCAACUGUGGUGUGGGUUACAAAAACUUCCUCCUUUUGUAUUUGUGUUUUGGAAAAGCUUUGAGCUGCUGAUUAAGAGAAUAUUCUAUUUUUUUUUGUUGACCAGCAGCCCUGAAUUACAAAAGAAGCACUCAAAAAAAGAAGGUAAUGUGUCGGGAAUGGCCAGAUUAGCGAUAAAAAUCCAGCGGUAUUUCCGACGGAGGCCAGUCCGAUUUUUCACCUUCAUAAUCAUUUACCUCAUGGCUGGCAGCUUGAUGUUUCUGCACUCAGGGUUUGUGGGGGACAGUGCUAUCACAGGCCAGGCCUCGUACCCCAGCGACGGCACGGUGAGCGGACCCCUGGGUGGCUCCGUGGGCACAGCCAGUCUCCAGCAGUUCGCCUUCCUACCCUUCGCCAGGGGCUACAGGGAAGUGGUGGAGAAGGAGUCCCCACCGUUGCCGCGGAGAUAUGGCCCACCAUGGCUGAAACCGGUCUCGCAAGACUCCGUUGACAAGUUGAGAUCCGUGGAGCAUGUUCGGAGUUGGAGCAGGGCCCUGAAGGGGAAGAUGUCGAGAGACCAGGAAGAAAACAGAGCCAAAUAUAUCGGCUGUUAUUUUGAUAACACCAAGCAGAGAGCCUUGAGGGGAACAGCAUUCUUUGACUACAGAAAGAUGACAGUAUUUCGUUGCCAGGACAACUGUGCUGAAAGGGGUUAUCAAUACGCAGGCCUGGAGUUUGGAGCAGAGUGUUAUUGUGGACAUAAGAUCCAGGCCCGGAACACGAGUGACUCCGAGUGCAGCAUGGAGUGUAAAGGUGAGAAGAGCAACAUGUGCGGAGGGCCCAACCGUCUGUCUGUCUACCACCUGGAGCUCACCCGAGAAUCCACUAGACGCUAUGGGAGUGCUGUGUUCCGAGGAUGCUUUAAAAGGCCUGAGAAUAUCUCCCUUGCCCUGCCAGCAGGCAACGUCUUGUUGAACAUGUCUGUGGAUAAGUGUGUGGAUUUCUGCACUGAGAAGGAAUACACCCUGGCUGUGUUGGCAGGAGCAACGUGUCGCUGUGGAUUUCCCACCAUGCACUUCACACUCCACGAGCCCGAGGAUGAACAACUGUGUGCUCAGAAAUGUGCUGGGGAGGAGUAUGAAAACUGUGGGAAUGAUCAUUACUUCAUUGUUUAUCAAACGCAAGUACAAGAUAACCGCUGCAUGGACAGACGUUUCCUGCCUGCCCGCUCCAAACGCCUUGUGGCUUUGGCCAGUUUUCCAGGAGCGGGGAACACAUGGGGCCGUCACCUCAUGGAGCUCACCACCGGCUACUACACCGGCAGUUACUACUUUGACGGCUCACUCUACAACAAAGGUUUUAAGGGAGAAAGAGACCAUUGGAAAAGUGGACGGUCGGUUUGUAUAAAAACACAUGAGAGUGGCAAAAAGGAAAUUGAAUCUUUUGACGCUGCAAUCCUGCUCAUCCGAAACCCGUAUAAAGCACUAAUGGCUGAAUUUAACCGGAAAUAUGGAGGACAUGUUGGCUUUGCAUCUGAAGCUCACUGGCGGGGGAAAGAGUGGCCAGAGUUUGUGAAGAACUACGCACCUUGGUGGGCAUCCCACACACUGGACUGGCUGAAAUACGGCAGGAAAGUCCUGGUGGUUCAUUAUGAAGAUCUGAAACGUGAUCUCUUCAACCAGCUGAAGAAAAUGGUGUCCGUGCUGGGCCUCGACGUCUCUGAUGACCGGCUACUUUGCGUUGAAAGCCAAAAGGACGGCAAUUUCAAACGCUCUGGCCUUCGCAAACUGGAAUAUGAUCCCUACACACCCGAGAUGAGGAAGAUGAUUGACGCUUUCAUCAAAACUGUUGACACGGCCCUCAAACUGAGAAACCUGACUGGUGUCCCUGAGGACUAUGCCCCCAGAUGAUUUUGUCAGUAAAUGCUUUCAAAACAUGGCUGUAUCUCCUUUCCCUUUCCCUGGCCAGGACUCCUCUCCAUCCAGUGGGUGGCUUCUUUUUUGAUACUCUGCAGCUAUUAGCUUUCCAAGUGCAUCAAUUGUCUAGAGUAAAGGUCACCAAAUGCAGCUGGGGUUAGUAACCUUUUAGUGUAGACUUGCUAGCAGACAAUCUUUAGCAAGUGGAGUGUCACGAGUAAGGGACAAUGACUGAUAUGGAAUCCAUGCAACUUUUUUAAUGGGAGUUUGACAAACAGGCUCUUUGAAACUGAACAAUACUCUUAGUUAUCGUUUUGUUUCAGCUAAGGAGUGGUGCUGCCUACCUACAGAGGGAAGGGAUUAUCCGGCAAUAAUCUCUGAGGAAUCUGGUCCUCUGCACCGAAUUGGAGUGAAACUGGGGUAAUUGAGUUGGCAGCUAAAGUCUUCUUGUUUACAUAGAGGAGAGUGGAGGAGAGGGUUGGAGAGUUGGAGAGAAACGUUUCAACAGCAUUUCACACCUCGCUGACAUCGCAAUAGGUUGGAUGAUACUGAUGUGCACCCUUUGGUUUGUCAAGAUGACUGCACAAUCCAUUCCUACUUCAGUGAGAGUUGACCAGUAAAAAUGAAGGAUGAUGUCUUGGAUUGGGAAGUAGGCCUGAAAGUAUUGUAUCAAUAAGAGUGAGCAGCAACAUGAUAGCUACCAGUAAGUUAACCAUACACACAGAGUUUGCAAAGAUCACAUGAGCUGCCUGAAACAAUAAAUUGCUCCUACCUAUCCAAUUUUCCGUGAAAACCUCAAUUAUUGGCUUUAGCCAAAUAGCAAUUAAACCUAUAGUUAUUCUCACCUAUACAAUUUGACCGACCAGGUUGUCGCUAAAUUAUUUCAGCCUCGAUUUCUGCUUCUGAGUCGCAGAGCAGGAAUCAAGAGAUUUUGCCUCCCUUGAGGGAAAAUAAUUGCCCCGAACGGUCAGGGGACAGGGCAGCUGCUGGAGGGAAUUGGAGCCACCACCCCAGAUGCAGGACAGAGGUAAGCCACUAAGGAACGGGGGUGGGGGAGUGCUCCUUCAAAGACCUACCUCAGUUCUCUGGGAGAGGCAGUUUUGUUUCUCAAUGCUUCAAGGGCUGCUUUUCUGAAUAAGUCGUCAGCUUGGAAUUUCAAGAGCCCUUAUCCAGAAGCAUUUAAAUCUCCCCGAAAGAAUUGUAACUCCCACACAAUGAGUGAAGACCCACGCUCCAGCAAAAAAUAGACUCAGCCUGAACUCAGCACUGAGUUCAAAUGGGGGCGUUCCCACAUUUGGAAACCAUGACUUAUGGAGAAAGUGAGGACUGCAGAUGCUGGAGAUCAGAGUCAAGAGUGCGGUGCUGGAAAAACACAGCAGGUCA